UUGGCGAUGGCGAACGCGUGCCUGCAGACGACCGGGUUCCUCCUGAGUUUUUUGGGGUGGAUCGGUCUGGUCGUUGCCACGGCCACCAGUGACUGGGUGGUGAGGUGUAAAUACGGCAUGAACACGUGUAAGAAGAUGGACGAGCUGGAGACCAAGGGCCUGUGGGAGCAGUGUGUGGUUUCUACUGCGCUGUACCACUGCUACUCUCUCAACCAGAUCCUGGAACUGCCCGUGUACAUCCAGACCUGUCGUGCGCUAAUGAUCACGGCAAGUAUCCUGGGUUUACCCGCCAUGGGGCUGGUGCUAUCAUCCAUGCCCUGCUUCCAGAUGGGAGAGGAAGCACAGAGCGACAAAAACAAGCGGUCGGUCAUUGGAGGGAUUCUGGUGCUCGUACUGGCUGUCUGUGCCCUGGUCUCCACCGUCUGGUUCCCGGUCGGCGCUCACCGUGAGUUGGGUUUGAUGUCGUUCGGGUUCUCUCUGUACUCCGGCUGGCUGGGCGCCACCUUCUCCCUGCUGGGCGGCUCCAUCCUCACCUGCUGCUCCGUGGACUCCGCCCGUUCCUAUCACCAUAGCAACCGAUACUCCUAUUACUCCAAACAGGGCCCCCCCAGCAACCCCACACCCACCGGCACCGUCACCAACCACGCCAAAACCGCCCACGUCUGAUCCUGAGGCUCUCGGCCAUCUCGAAUGAUUCUGUACUGGA